AUGACAGGAGAGAUAGUAGAAUGCUUGAAAGAAUACUUCAGUUGUUACGGCAUUCUAGACAUUGUGAUGAACGACAGCUCACGGCCCACAGUUCACAAGAUGCUGUGGCUCACAAUUUUAGCAUUCGCUUUGGGCAACACAGUGAAAGCUGCCGAAAUCUGCUACAACAGACUAGGCUGCUUUACGGAUGAUGUUCCAUGGGGUGGAACAAAGGAAAGACCAAUUAAAAAGCUACCCUGGUCCCCAGAGGCUAUUGGUACACGAUUUUUGCUUUGGACAAGACAAAAUACAGCAACUUAUCAGGAAAUUUCUGACAUAAAUCCUUCAACAAUCAAAAACUCUAAUUUUGACCGGACCAAAAUAACCCGCUUCAUUGUUCAUGGGUAUAUAGACAAGGGGGAAGAGUCAUGGCUCACUGACAUGUGCAAGGCAAUGUUUGAAGUGGAAGAUGUGAAUUGCAUUUGUGUUGAUUGGGUACGUGGUUCAAGAACGUUAUACGAUCAGGCUGCUAACAACAUUCGGGUGGUUGCUGCAGAAAUAGCAUAUCUUAUUGAUGUGUUAGAGAAAAAUUUUAACUACUCACGUACCGAGGUCCACAUUAUUGGCCACAGCCUGGGUAGUCAUAUUGCUGGAGAAGCAGGAAGACGCAUUCCAGGGAUUGGAAGAAUCACAGGUCUAGAUCCAGCCAAACCCUUUUUUAAGAAUACUCCCAUUGAAGUUCGGCUAGAUGUUUCAGAUGCAGCGUUUGUUGAUGUUAUCCACUCUAAUGGUGCUCCAUUGAUUCCUUACCUUGGUUUAGGAUUGUUUGAACCCGUUGGACAUCUUGACUUCUAUCCAAAUGGUGGACAAUUAAUGCCUGGGUGUGACAAAAAUAUUGUUUCAACUAUAAUUGAUAUUAAUGGCAUUUGGGAAGGAACUCGCAAUUUUGCAGCGUGCAGCCACUUACGGUCAUAUAAGUAUUACACUGAGAGUAUCAGAACCAGAAAUGGAUUCAUGGGUAUUCCAUGUAACAACUACGAUGACUUUACAGCAGGGCAUUGUUUCACUUGUCUACCAGAAGGCUGUCCCCCAAUGGGUCACUUUGCUAAUACCUAUCCUCUUGGAAAUGUUACUAGUGAACCCAAAUUUUUUCUGAACACGGGUGCUGCUCCAGCUUUUGCACGCUGGAGAUACAAGGUUUCUGUUAAAAUUACAUGUACACGGAAUAUCAGAGGAUACUUCAAUAUUGCCUUGUAUGGUUCCAAUGUCAAUACUGGACAACUUCAAAUUGCAAAAGAACUGUUGGAGUCUGGAAAAACAUUCACAGCUGACAUCGACGUGCAGGAAGACUUAGGAGAUAUUACGAAAGUCAAAUUUCUCUGGAAUAAUCUGUUGCCAAAUCUUUUUGGGCCAAAAAUUGGACCCCAAAUUAUAACUAUAUUAAGAGUAUAUGACCAGAAAAUCUUUAAAUUUUGUGGAACUGGGGCUGCUGGUGAAGAUGUUCUGCAAACUGUUUUGCCUUGCUCAAAUGCUUGA